UUGCAAAAAGCGAGCUAUUUUCAAGGGUGUACAGCAGAGAAAGUUUGGGGCAUGUACAUGUGGAUUUAGUAGGAUUCGUUUUCUUGAGCAAAGAGAGUUUAUUUAACCAGUUCAGUUAAGAAUCAUUAUCAGGCCAGGAGACCAUGACUGAGAAAACCCCAGAGCUGCAUGUGGAGGAAGAGGAGGAGGACCUGGAUGGCAAACUCAACUACAAGCCCCCACCCCAGAAAUCCCUUCAGGAGCUGCAGGAGCUGGACAAGGAUGAUGAAAGCCUCGCUAAGUACAAGAAAUCCCUGCUGGGGGAUGGGCCUGUGGUGACAGACCCAACAGCUCCCAAUGUGGUAGUCACACGGCUUACCCUGGUAUGUGACACUGCUCCAGGACCAAUCACCAUGGACCUUAUUGGGGAUGUUGCAGCACUGAAGAAAGAAAACUUUGUAUUAAAGGAAGGUGUUGAAUACAGAGUCAAGAUCCAUUUCAAAGUAAAUCGCGACAUUGUGUCUGGAUUGAAAUAUGUGCAGCACACCUACCGGACAGGGGUGAAGGUGGAUAAAGCGACGUUCAUGGUGGGCAGCUAUGGGCCGCGGCCAGAGGAGUACGAAUUCCUGACGCCUAUUGAGGAAGCACCCAAAGGCAUGCUGGCUCGGGGCACCUAUCACAACAAGUCCUUCUUCACUGAUGACGACAAGCACGACCAUCUCACCUGGGAGUGGAAUCUGUCCAUUAAGAAGGACUGGACAGAAUGAGCUCACUCUGUCCACACUAGUCACCAGGAGUGCCACACCCAGGACCCACGCAUCCUGCUGCCCUCUGCUGCCACUAAGGGAGUUCCAGAACCCUCUUAAGCCUUGUUCCUGCCACAGGAGAUUCUGUUAAAAGCAGGUCUUUGUACAGACCCAUGGACAGCCUCUGUGUUUCCCUACUGCUACACUGAAAAUAACACACCCAGAGUUGUUGUGACAUGGGUUAAAUUGGGAUGAAUCCCUCUAUCUGCUUGUUCCUCUUGUACUCCAAAUCAGAUCUAUGAAGUGCCUUUUUGAGAGAACACAAUCAUCUUGCCAGCUUUACAUCUUUUAUGGCAGGGCAAAUUCCCCCUCUCUCCAGAAUGAUCCUCCACAGUUAUUUCUGCCAUGUGCUCAUGCUAAAUGGCUGAUCCCAUUAUGGUCCUCUUAUCCUGGUCUGGUGCCCAAAUCAUGUAGCCUGCCUCUAAAGGCAAAACCAAUAAGGGAGACUCAAUUAGCCAUCAUGACUUGUAAAGCCACCACUGUCCCAAGAAUAAAGUCAGUUUCUGUCUUCA